AUGGGUAACGAAGAGUCAUCUAUGGUGGAUGAGUCCACCCAUCCCUCAGUCUUGGAUGCACGUAAUAUCGACGCGGUGGCCAAAUACGUGAGGGAGAAUAAUGUCCGAAAAGUUGUCGUAAUGGUGGGAGCUGGAAUCAGUACCUCAGCGGGAAUUCCUGAUUUUCGGUCUCCAGAUACCGGACUCUAUGCCAACCUGGCUUUCCUGGAUCUGGAGGAGCCCGAGGAUGUGUUCGAUAUUGAAUUUUUCAGGCAGAACCCAAAGCCGUUCUAUGCACUGGCGCAUGAGUUGUAUCCGGGACGCUAUCGCCCCACGAUCGCACACUCUUUCGUCAAACUGCUUUACAAUAAAGGCAUGUUGUUGAAACAUUUUACACAAAAUAUCGACUGCCUCGAGCGCCAAGCGGGCCUUCCUGGUGACAUGAUUGUCGAGGCCCAUGGUAGCUUUGCCACGCAACGCUGUAUUGAUUGCAAGCUGCCGUUUCCCGAUGACAAAAUGCAUGGGAUUGUUGAGAAAGCCGAGGUACCGCACUGCCUGGAAUGCAAAGGCCUCGUCAAGCCUGAUAUUGUGUUUUUCGGGGAGGCUUUGCCUGCUGCAUUCCACGAAAACCGCUCGCUGCCUGGAGAGGCGGACUUAUGUAUCGUGAUGGGAACUAGUUUGACCGUGCAACCUUUUGCCAGCCUGCCAUCGAUGUGCAGGGAAGGUACACCGCGUGUGCUCAUCAAUAUGCAACGUGUGGGUGGAUUGGGGUCGCGACCGGAUGAUGUUUUGGUACUGGGGGACAUCGAUGCUGGAGUACGAAAGUUUGCCCGAGCUCUGGGCUGGGAGGAGGAGCUAGAGGCGGUUUGGCAGGAGACCAAUCCGGACUCUGAAUCUAGGGAGGAGGAGAAUGCUCCCCCGCAAACCCGGGACGAGCGACUCCGGGCAGAGAUCGAACGCCUUACGGAGGAUAUCGAUCGCACCUUGGGCAGGACGGACGCAUACCAGCAGCGAGUUCGUGAACGGUUGGGAGACUACAGCGACUCAACCAGUUCAACCAGCUCCGGGAAUGGACUGGCGCAUGUAUUCCCGCACUUGGCGCGUAAAUCUCACUAG